AUAAAAUGGCAGCGCAAGGGCAAAACGAGAAUGUUACCGACAAAACAGGGAAAAAUGACGAAAAUUUCCAUGAACAUCAUGACGAUUGGCAGGUUUUAUCGGGCACAUUAGGAGGGGGACCACUUGGUUUUGGAGAUCCAAAUGACAGAUCUUUGCGAAGAGUUGAGGAAGAAGUUAUGAUCCCUAAGAUCAUGAAGUCAAAAGCUCACAAGGAACAUUGUCUGGACCUAGUCAAAGCCUUCAACCAAUGUGGAAAAGAACAGGGGUUGCUAUUACCUUUCUUUUGCCGGAAAUCAGCUAAAGCCAUGAAUAACUGUUUAUCGGAAUGGUAUGACAAUAAAGAAUUCAGAGAUGAAUGCACAGAGAUUUAUCUUCGUGAGCGUUCAGAGUACAGGCGAACAGGCAUCAGGAAAAAGGCCAAGAAGGGAUUCUGAGUGCAUUGAUGAGGACUCUUUGAAGGUUGCACUUGGUCUUUCAUUUGACAAACGGUUGCUCAUUUGAGAUACCGUCUGUCAAUCGAGAGACUGUCUUUCGAGAGCCUGUCCCAACCUGUGUACUUAGUACAUGCAAAGCAAGAUGUGCUUGUGAUGAAAUUGAUGAACGAACAUCCAAUAUGCUCUCCCGAAAUGUAGACAUUUCUGUCAAAUCAGCACAAUACCUUUACUUCCAUGGAAAUUAAUGACAGAAUUUCAUGCCUUGUAAUAAAAUUUUAUUUGACGAGUUUCGUCAAAAAACGAGAUAUAUAUAUUCGUUUUUGCCUUUUAACAAGAUGUGGCUUCAAAGUUGGGAAUUUAACUGGAAGUGCACCGGAAGAUUUUGGACAUCUUUGAGUGUUGUAGAGGCAUAUCGUGUUUUGGGAUGAAACUUUUCAUAUGGUUUUGCCCGCUCAGAUCGGAAGAUUUCUAUUUGAAGAUGUACUGUAAAUUGUAAAUAGAGAAGGAU